GGAAUUGGCACCGGCAUGAUAUGCAACCAAAACGGAGAUUGCAUUAGAGACACUGUCGGUCCUAGGAGCUUGCCCUCAAUUGUCUCUAAACAAGAGACGCAGACAGGUGGCGGAGUCACGGCUGACGACGACAAAAAAAAAAACAACUGUAUGUAAUUCCACCGCCAGUAUGGACGGCUCAAUAACUCCUACCGGAUCUUCUACACAGGUCCACGGGGCCGAGACGUCCAGUAUUGGGGGCACAACUGCUACCAGUGGUGUUUCUGAGAAAAAGGACUCCAGGGUUUCCUUCUCCAAUGCUCCGAGCAGGAAGGCCUCGUCCGUGCAGGGAAUUGGAUCGGGUCCGAACCAGCACCAGCCCAGAAACUCUGUCACCUUCUCCAAGUCCGAAGACGGACCUCACCUCGUGGGAGAAGAUGGGGAGCCACGAGACAAUCAAACUUACAUGCAGAGACAGUUCAGUUCCAUGCUGCAGCCUGGAGUUAACAAGUUUUCCUUGCGUAUGUUUGGAAGUCAAAAAGCAGUGGAAAAGGAGCAAGAAAGAGUCAAAUCAGCUGGCAACUGGAUUAUUCACCCGUACAGUGAUUUCAGGUUCUACUGGGACUUCACAAUGCUCAUGUUUAUGGUUGGCAAUCUAAUUAUCAUUCCUGUGGGAAUCACCUUCUUCAAGGAUGAGACCACCACUCCGUGGAUUAUCUUCAACGUGGUGUCUGACACCUUCUUCCUUGUAGACCUGGUGCUGAACUUUCGCACGGGCAUUGUCUUCGAGGACAACACAGAGAUCAUUCUCGACCCCAAAAAGAUCAAGAAGAAGUACCUAAAGUCCUGGUUCGUGGUGGACUUCGUCUCGUCCAUCCCCGUGGAUUACAUCUUCCUCAUCGUGGAGAAGGGCAUCGACUCCGAGGUUUACAAAACGGCCCGCGCCUUACGCAUCGUCCGGUUCACCAAGAUCCUGAGUCUGCUCAGACUGCUGCGCCUCUCCAGACUCAUCCGCUACAUCCAUCAGUGGGAGGAGAUCUUCCAUAUGACCUAUGACCUGGCCAGUGCGGUGAUGCGCAUCUUUAACUUGAUUGGCAUGAUGCUGUUGCUGUGCCACUGGGACGGAUGCCUGCAGUUCCUGGUGCCCAUGCUGCAGGACUUCCCCUCUGACUGCUGGGUCUCCCUCAACAAGAUGGUGAAUGACUCGUGGAGCGAGCUCUACUCCUUCGCUCUGUUUAAGGCCAUGAGUCACAUGUUGUGCAUUGGCUAUGGCCGCCAGGCCCCGGAGAGUAUGUCUGAUAUCUGGCUGACCAUGCUCAGCAUGAUCGUUGGCGCCACCUGCUACGCCAUGUUCAUCGGCCACGCCACCGCCCUCAUCCAGUCCCUGGAUUCCUCGCGCCGUCAGUACCAGGAAAAGUACAAGCAAGUAGAGCAGUACAUGUCCUUCCAUAAACUGCCGGCGGACUUUCGGCAGAAAAUCCAUGAUUACUAUGAGCACAGAUACCAGGGGAAGAUGUUUGAUGAAGAAAGCAUUUUAGAGGAGCUCAAUGAGCCACUGCGAGAGGAAAUUGUCAACUUUAACUGUCGCAAGCUAGUAGCUUCCAUGCCUCUGUUUGCCAAUGCUGACCCCAACUUUGUGACUGCUAUGCUGACAAAGCUGCGCUUCGAGGUCUUCCAGCCCGGAGACUACAUUGUCCGCGAGGGCACCAUUGGCAAGAAGAUGUACUUCAUUCAGCACGGGGUGGUGAGCGUCAUCACCAAAGGGACUAUGGGCAUGAAGCUCUCCGACGGCUCCUACUUUGGAGAGAUUUGUCUGCUGACCCGCGGGAGACGAACGGCGAGUGUCCGUGCCGACACCUACUGCCGCCUCUACUCGCUCUCGGUGGACAACUUCAACGAAGUGCUGGAGGAGUACCCCAUGAUGAGGCGGGCCUUCGAGACGGUGGCCAUCGACCGGCUCAACAGAAUAGGCAAAAAGAACUCGGUCUUAAUGCACAAAGUCCAGCACGACCUGAACUCUGGGGUCUUCAACAACCAUGAGAACGAAAUGAUUCAGGAGAUCGUGAAGUACGACCGUGAGAUGGUCAAGCAGGUGGACCUGCAGCGUCCGCGGGCCAUGUCCAUGACGUCCUCCCUCCAGGGUGGGAGCAUGUUCGCCUCGCCCUCCUCCAGCGGCCAGCCCUCGACCGGCUCCGCCAUCGCCACGUUGCAGCAGGCCGUGGCCAUGAGCUUCUGCCCCCAGAUGGCCAGCUCGCUGGUGGGGCCCGGCACGCUGCAGUCCCCCCGCAUGGUCAGGCGCUUCCAGGUCCUGCAGAACGUCUCCAGCCCCGUGUCGUCCCUUCCGCUUCAGGCCGGACAAGGGCAGCAGCAGCAGGCCACCAACCCGGCUCUUUCCGGUGGGGCGUUCGCCUCGCCCGCCCACAGUCCCCUGGCGUCGGCGGGCAGGACUUUCCAGUACAGCUCCAGCCCCGUGGGAGGCGGCGUGCUGUCGGGGUCACAGCUCUCGCUGGUCCAGCAGCAGCAACACGCGCCUAGUCCCACGCACCGACCCACUGUCCACCGGCGGAGCACGCACUCCUUACAGGACACCCGGGCGCUGUCUGCCUCACAGCUCUCCCUCCCCCACGACGGCAGCAUCGGCGGCGGCGGCGGCGGCAUCGGCAUCAUGGGUCUGGGCAUGCAGCCGAUGGCGACUGCGGCAGCCCCCAGCCCCCCCCAGUCCACGCGGGUCUCCUCCACAUCCAUAGGCCCUCUGCCACUGGCGCAGGCUGGACUGGCUGGACCCAUGGUGUUCAGGAGCACUGUGCCCCAGAGGAUGGCGCUGACCCAUCAGAUGUCGGUGGGGGCCUUCCCGCCGGCCGCCCUGCCCCCACUCAGGCCUGCCCCGUACGAGUCUGGACUGCCCAAGAAAGACUCCAUAGUCAGCCUCCCAGAGACGGAACAAAUAAGAUCAAGGCUAUCUUCCAAUUUGUGACCUUGAGGAGGGAGACUUUGUAGAACAAUGUGUUUUUUUUUUUUUAGGAUGGGGAGCUUUUCUGACCUCCUAAUAACUGACCUCCGCCCUUCCACGCCCCACCUCUUUCUCCUGUGACCCAUGGACUCCUCUUUGAGAAUGUAUAAGAAUGUGUGCGAGUGAAACUGGAGAAUUGCGCAGGAAAGUGGAGACAAGACCAAGCAGCAACAGUAUACCGAUUCACACUACUGGUUCACACAAAGUCUGUACAAUACAACGCUGGGAUGUUUCUGUUUCCACACACACAGGCAAAAACGUAGACAUGGCCUGUCCUUCUGUUGCCCUCCUGUUCGCUUUCUUUGCUGUUUGCUGUAGUCUCCACUUCACUGUAUGUACAAGAUCUCAUAGGUGCAGUUCAACGAUGCAAACUUUGCAUGAGCUGGGACUAAGGAAAAAUCAGGGAGCUCUUUCUGUUGACAGUGACCUAAACAGUUUGUGUUUGGGGAUUUUCUUGUUUCUCUAUAAACUGUAAAUCAGAUUUAAUAUGUAACAGUAGCUGGUUUGGAAAUGUGUCAUGUAGAAUCUAGGUACAUGGUUCAACCAAAUAUGAUCAAUAAUAAUCAAACCACAAAAAGGUGUCUUUUCAACUAGUCUCACCCCAUUACAUUUUCUUCAGACCAAAGGAAGGUGGCGUGUAGUGAGUCUUAAAUCAGAACACAAUGAUGGAGCCAACAUAAAUGCUUUAAAAUAGCCUAUAAGACGACUUUAGAAGCCAUAUGUGUGUGCCAUGCAUGUGCACCUUUCUUCAAACAUUUCUUAUUUUUUCUCCUGACACUUUGUGUCACACUCACACAUCAAAAAAGUUUCAAAUAUAUUUCAAAUAUUUAAAAGAUAUUUACAUCAAAUGCUCUCUACAAAUAACACUGACUUAAAACACAGCUGAAUUCUAAUACCAGAUGCCAGAUUGAGACCCUUCCCGUACACUGUUCACUCCAUGUUGGAUCUGAAUGAGUUAAGAUGCGGAUGACUUCCAGUGUGGUGUUAAAAAUGGCUAUGUGAUGUUCUGAAUGCUACUCUAAGCAGCUCCUCCAAAGUUGCCAGUCUAGCAACGCUCUCUGCACAAGCUGAAACAUCCGAACUCCCCAUUUCUCUUUUGACCAAAACAAAAAAAGCAUCCCUCCACAAAUCCUUAGGGUGUGUGUUGGUAUAGGCUUACCACUAUAAUUACUUUUCCAUUUUUUUAUUAUUUGUAUUAUUAUUAUUGCAAAUGUGCUAUUUGCAAAUGGUGCACUGCCAAUGAUUACCUGUCGUCAGUGGACUGGGACUGUGGCGGAGAGCUUUAGGAUCCAUCAGAGAUGGUGUGGCUUAUUAUAAUCCAGCGCUGUCCCUACCGAACCCCACCUCAGUCCUGCCUCUCUUCAUUACCCCUCAUGAACUCCCCUGAUUGACUCCGCAUAAACAGCCUCUUGAUUCGCUUUCAGCGCCUCCGCCCCGUCGCCCUUCGUUAUGCCGUCACUUCUCCAAACUCGUAUGUCUGUCCUAUAAACUUAUUUUCAGUGAGUAUGUCUGUAAGAUUGCUUUUGGAAUUGAUGCAAAAGACUGAGUCUGUGGAAAAGGAGGUUAUAAUGGCAAUAAAAUAAUAAGAUUGUUAGGUUCUUAAUAUUUGAAAGGGACCCCAGGUGGGCUUGUACUGUAUGUCUCAUGUGCAUCAAAUAAAUUGCUUUAAGGCUGUUCUGAAGAUAGCUAUUUCGACAACAGUCAAUACAAAGUGUCAACACACCCCAUGCUUUACUUGAGAAAGAGAGAGAUAUGCAUACACUUUUAAUGAUAAAAGUGGCCAUGAAUUACAAGUACACAAUAUUUUACCAUUUUCAAUGGUGACCAGGAAUCAGAUAUGUGUGCACAGUAAAGGUUUAUUUAUCUCCUUGGCUGUGUGAGAAAACAAUGUAGUCUUCCCCUUAAAUGGGCCGCCGUUAAGAGACAAGCUGCUUUUCCUUCUUGUCUUUCAUCUCCUUCUUUCCUUUCCCUUCCUUUUGCCAACUUAUAUGAAUGUGUGGCCCUUCCUGCAGCAAUAACGUGGCCCUUCUUAACCCCGGGGAUUUCCGGUGCUAUGCAUUUGUUCCUGGCUCAAAAAUACCUGUGCAGUCUCUGUAUGGGCUGCACCUCAUUCGGUACAAUGGAUUUACAGCAGGCUGCUAACGCCUGCCCAACAUUGAAUUUCUUUACCAUGCCCUGCCAUGCCAACACAUUAGAAUGACUAUGAAUGGAUUUAUAUUCAAAGCCAGGUCGGUUUGUGUCUCAUAAUAUGCAGGAGGUCACUGAAUAAUUUAUGUUAAUAGAGCUUUGCAUUGUCUGAUCAGAUUCAGCGUACGUUUCUAUUGUAUGGAUUACAUGAAGCGUAAUAUGCAAAACAUGACAAUUAUGGGAAAAUGCGCAAAGAAAAUAAACAUCUAUUAUUUACAUGUUUCUUAUGUAAUGAAGUAAGCAUAUUUAUAUUGUGCAGACUUGAAAGUGCAUUAAUGAUUUGAAACUAACAAAACAAGUUUAAACUGAAAAUAAGUGGAAUAUGUUUGCAAGAAAACAUGACAACAAAUAUGAGCAGUCUGGCACAGUUUACAGAAUGCAGUACAUCCAAGAUAUUUAUAGAAAAUAUAUAAAGCAUAUUUGUACUAUUUGAAUCUAAAGUGCAAGAUAAGACCUUCGCCUGUCCUUCACAAUUUCUAGUAACUGCAUUUUAUUCAUAGCGAGAAUUCCAUUCUUGGCCUAAACAUGAAUAAAUGAACACCUGUUCCCCCAGAGAACAGUUCUAGAUAGAACAAACACAUUUCUCACAUAAAUGAUGUAUAAACUGUUAUCUAUCAAACCACCUGUAAAAUACAAAUCAUACAAUGAUUUUGCAAAAACUAAAAGCUUUCCCAAAGGUCUCAGAGACUGCUAUGGGUUAAUGCUCCUCUUCUUUAGUACAUUCUUACUGUGUGUGUGUUAUCUCUUUUGAAACUCUUUGGGAUUUUGGGGACCUUUUUCCCUGCUUGACACAAACUAAGACCUCAAAACUAACUUCAAAAGUUCCACUUCUGAAGUUUGAAAUGCUCAGAAUAAAACAACUCCAUGCAUGCCCAUAUGUUUUGUGAAGGACACUUGUAACUUUAUAAUGCAUUUCUACGUUAAUUAAGACCCUAGGAUUAAGACAGACACUAAUAAUUCACAAAAAAACAUCUUUCCGUGCUUUAGGGUGACGUGGAAUGAUGCAGUCUCUCUCAGUGUUGUUUUCCUGUGGCAGGACUAAAUUAGUACUACUGAUUAAAGAUGAGCGUGCAACGUUUGACAAAUCAGCUCGAGUGUGGAUUAGUAAAGGCCAGAACAUAGAUUUCAUGCUGCCAAGCCUCACAAAUGAAACAGUCAGACACUGCUCGAGGCGACCAAUGAUCUGAAAAUGUGUCUCAGGCAGAACACUGCAAAUGAAUGAAGACCAUCCACAGAGGCCCAAGCAGUAGGGACCUGCAGCAUCUCAUUAUCCCAUAGCUUUAUUAUUCUGUUCUUUCAGUUGUGAUGAAAUUCAUACCGGCAAAAAAGCCUGAUCUGAUCAAUACUGCUGUGUCAGUAUGGAUGUUCUGCCCUAUUUCCAGUUCAUAAUAGGGAAUCUAAAAAGCUAGCAAAUGCAACUCAUAUAUAUAAUAUAAUGAUGAUAUAAAACCUGAAAUAGACUGCAGAUUGACACAGGGCAAAAACCACUCCAUUCUACCUUUGCCUUGUGGUUAUCACAGCACUAACACAAGCUGCCCAGUGACCAAACAAUACCAACAAACUAGUUGGGGUCAUUAUGAAGAGUCACUGAAUGAGAUCUCUUAGAUCUGUUGUAAUUGGAUCUCUUAUUAAUUUGAUAAAGCAGUCUUCUUUUUCAAUGUUGAUUUUGUUGUUUGAUUUUUUUUUUGUUUUUUGUUGGUGUCCAACAUACAUUCUCAAUCAUGGAAGAAUGUUCAUUUGAAAGGGCUGAUAAAACAGAACAAAGCUUUUUUUAAUGUAAUGUUUUUAUACAUUACAUAUGUUAAUGAGUGGUUUUCCUUUGUUGGUCUAGUAUGUAAACAUCUCCCAGGAAACAAUCAAUGAGUACAAAGAAAAUGGUUUGGAGUAUGUUUGAUGUCUGCCGUCUUGGCGCGUGUGUACUCUAUUGAUCUUUUGUGUACAGUUGCAUUCAAGGACUGUGUUGGUUCCAUUUGCAAACAGCAAAUGUUGACAUUGAGAAAAUGGGAGAGAUUGAAAAAAACGCCAUACUCAAUAAUAACUGAAAAGACUCUGAGCACAAAUCAAUUACCCCUUCAUUGAACCCUGACAUGGUAUCACAUCACACUGGAAGCUAUUUUGUAGAAGCUAUUUUGAGAAAUACAACCAAGUCUUUUCCUGAAUUAAAUCAUUCACUGAAAAUUAUAUCAGCAUAUCAGCUCUUAGGACCGUAUUCUUCCAUACACUUCAAUCAAAAAAACUACAGACUUUUCAGCCUAUGCACAUUCUGCUUUUGAUUUAAGUGUGUCACUUUCAUGCCAUGAAGUCAAUUACACCUUCAGGAGGAACUACCCCAAAAUCUGGGCAUUUGUUAUGUUACUGUGGCAUUAGUUAUGUGCUAUUCUCCCCGACUUUUAGUCCUGUACUACAAGGCAAAACACUAUAUCACUGUUGAAAUUGGCAGUAUAGGCCGCUUACAUCAUUAAACAUUAUACAACACCUGUGUUGUAGAUUAUGAACAUACAUUAAGAAUAAUGCAAUAUCCAAAUGUCAAUUUUAGUUGUUGCUGGCAAAGUAUCAGUUUACUUGAUUACUAUUGAGUGUUUAAUAGGCUACAUGGCACAAUAUAGGUGGGCCACACAUUAUUAUAAAUAGAACUCUGGGGAAAUGUGUCAUUUAGUUAAUUAAAAUAGUUUAUGUGAUGAAACAUAUGUUUUCACUCGAGGGGGAUUGGUGUCAUUUUCAGAAUCAAAGUGUGGUUUGUGUUUUCCGUGGAUUUGAAUAGCAUUCAUCAAGUUUAUGAGAAAGUCCAUGUCCCACCAUUUUGCAACAGCCAAAAUUAAUUCUGAAGCUAUGUGCUGUGAGUAUGUUUGGAGAGCUCAGGGAAGAAUGUGCAUAACUCGUAAGCGCAUAAGUGCUCAACUGGAUGCAUGUAAAAAAAGAUUUACUGUAAUUUCCUGACUAUUAAGUGAGGUUCAUACAUUGAUUUUGCCAAAUUUCUUCAGCUAUGAGAUUAAUACAUGGGGGCAGGCUAUAGGUGAGAAUGCAUUUAUUUUCUUCAUUCUUCUUUAUGAUGAAAGCAUGAACUGUAUCUGAUUCAUUGGGCAUUGGACACUGCGGUUAAUACAAGGUUGCAUUUUUUUUAAAUAUUAUUCGCAUAAAACACUUUCCUGCGGUUUAUACACAACGUGGCUAAUACACAGGAAAUGACAACAGCCAAAAUGAAGCUAUGUGCUGUGAGUGUGGAGUGCUUAGGGGAGAAUGCACGGAACUCGUAAGCAUGUAAAAAAGGACUUACAUGAAUGGGAGAAUACUGCCCCUAUUGCAUGUUGUUCCAACAUUGUGAUCAAGGCCUUUUUAUUUUAAGAUUUCUUAAGUGACCAAUUGCACACCAAUUAUAUUGUACUGUACAUAAAGUACAUAACUAGUGCCUAGUAUACCUAGAUUCUACAUAGUCUCCUUUUUGUGUUUGUGGCUGUAAAAUGCAAUAUCCUCAGACUUUGUUGUAAUUUAUAUUCAAUUGCAAUACAUUGAGAAGGAGUCAAAUAAAAUAAACAAAACAUUUCAGUCAUAUUUCUAAUGAAAUCCUCCUGGACACUAUAUUCAUAAUAAUGAUCACAGCAAGCCUUGAAAAGAUAUCUGUGUGAAAGCA